AUGUCCUGGGGCAACAAAUCCACGGCAGUGACCCCAGCCGGUGCACCUGUCCAUUCGACCACAGACCAGGUGGCUCAGAAGGUAGUGGGCGUGGACUGGAUCCUGAGCACAGGCUCCGCCAUGAUCAUCUUCACUAACCUGUUGGUGGCCACCGCUUUGGUCCUGCUCCUCCGCCGCAAGGGCGGGCAAAGCUGGUGCCUGGUGCUGAACCUGGCGGUGGCGGACGUUCUGGUGGGAGUGGCCAUCACGGGCGUCGCCACAGACGUGGUGCAAGGGACGACGGCGUCCACGCAGAAGAGCAAGUGCCUCUUGCGGAUGUCCUUCAUCAUAGCGCCCACGGCUUCCUCCAUCCUCACCAUGUUCCUCAUUUCCCUCGACCGCUACGUGGCCAUCAAGUGUCCGCUGCGCUACGCUCGGCUGGUGGGGCGGAGAGCCAUAGCCGGAGCCCUCGUGACCCUCUGGCUGCUGUCCGUUGCCGUGGGUUUCCUGCCGUGCGUGAUCGAGCAGAUGCAGCGAGGCGAGUACCGCAGGCACUGCACCUUUUUCACCGUCAUCGAGCCCAAGAGCAUCAUCGUGCUCUUUGCCGCUUUUUUCUUCCCGCUCCUGUGCGUUUUUAUCUUCUUCUACCUGGAUAUCCUGAAGAUCGCCUGCCAGCACCAGCGACAGAUCCGAAGGACCCAGCUGACGGACGUGUGCCACCCGGUCUCUACCCGAUAUUGGCACCACGUCAAGGCCCUCCGUACCGUGGCGCUAUUGGUGGGCUGCUUCACGCUCUCCUGGUGCCCCUUUUUCGUGGUCUGCAUUGUGCAGGUGUUUUGUCCAACCUGCCAGCUCUACCUGCUUCUGGAGAACCACUUAUGGUUUCUGGGCCUGUCCAACUCUUUAAUAAACCCUCUAGUGUACGCCUUUUGGCAGAAGGAAGUUCGGCAGCAAAUCAGGGCCCUGUUCACCUGCAAGAUCUGGCUACGUCGCCCGGGCGACGGGUAUGAGACGAGAGACGGCCACAUAACCCGGAACGUUCCCGCGCAGGCCGAAAACUCUCCUCCUCAAAAAACGAUCCCUCCCAAAGAAUCUGUCACUUUACCUUUGGUCGCCCUAACACCUUGA